GCGUACGUACAUAAACACACUUCAGUGUUACUAGUAUCAAACUACUUGAAUAACCUUGACAGUAGGAAGAUGUGGGGUGCCCCUAAGGAUACUCUUAACGCUUGGCAGUCUAAAAGAAACACUAAAUCUGCCUGAAACGGAGCUUUAGCGACAACGGAAGAAGAGAGAAGUGAAACCUUUAGCUUGAGCUGUAGUUUUUUGAAGUCGCUCAAAACAGUUGUCAGACUCUACGCACUUGCUUCCUGUUGUCAAGUGAGGCUAUUAAAUAUCUAACAGUGAGAUACAAUGUGAGGCGUAUCGCGAAAGAGUACUCAAACCAAGGGCAGGAGAAAACGUGGGAAAAGAGGUAAACAACCCAGCGGACCCCGUGUGUUUGUGUUUGCUUUCUACAUGACUAUGUUGGCAGGAUGUCGCUGAGUUCAGGCGGUUGGACUUGCACCCCUGGAAACACACCGGAUCAGUCCGCUGCUCUCCCAAGUCACUAUGGGGCCUCGCAGUCACAACCAGGCUGCCAAACCGUCCUCAUUUCAGUUCGGGUGUCGGUGUGCCAUUCUGGUAUUCGGCCACUGUGUCUUCCGGGGGCAGGUGAUGAGUCACUCCGCCUGCAGCUCAGCAUGGACCCGGGGAAAUCCGGGGAAUUCCGGUUGUCGCUCCAGGACAGCAGCGGGACUGGCCGGAGUGUGACCAUCGCCGAGUUUGAUUUGAGGGCAGUACACUAUGAGGUGAAGUCACCAAAGUGCCAUGAACUAAGUUUGGCAGCACCGCCACAUGACCGCAUCAGCUUUAACUUCCGCUGUGAGCAGGAGGCUCAUGAGUGGGCUACCGUGGUGAUGUCAUCACUGAGAGAAGCACAUAGAGUUCCACAAGAUAAUGGUCCUCAGCCCCCCCUGGAUGGUCUCCAUCUCCAGAACACGUUGGCCUUGCAACGAACAGAGGAAAACUGCAUAGAGUUGACCCGAGCCAUAGAAGCAGGUGACAUGCAGUCUGCUUCUGUCAUUGCGGUCACACUCGCCCGACAACAUGCUGCGCUCAAGAUUAAGCCCUUGGCCAGAGACCCUGAAGACACUGAAAUCAAUUUGGCUGUUGUAGUUGAAGAUUCUUCCUCAUCCUGUUGUGUCACUGUGAAAGUUUUUCCACAUAUGACGACCGCAGCACUGAAACAGCAGAUGUUUCUUGAAUAUGGCUUUCACCCGCGGGUGCAGCGCUGGGUGAUUGGCCAGUGCUUGUGCACCAACCAGCGUUCUCUUGCCUCAUACGGUGUUCGUCAAGACGGUGACACCGCCUUCUUGUACCUCCUAUCAGCCCGUCAUGCUCGUUUGACGCUCCAAGUCCUGCAGCAGGACCAGGAGAGUGCCCUCCUCCUCAGUCCUCCAUCAUUGUCCCUCCCCACCUCUCCCCUCCCUUCUACCUCUGCAAACGGCCCCUCAUCUCAGGACCAGAGGCCAUGCACCACCCUGCCCCCUAGACUCAAUACCGGCAGCAACAUUGGUGGGUCAGAGAGAGGAAACAUCAGUGAGAUCAGAGAUCUCAUCAACCUAGAGAUGCCUCAACUCAGUGAAGCACUGAGCGCCAACACGUCUUCCUCCCAGGGUUGGUCAUGCCCCUCUUGCACUUACAUUAACAAACCGACUCGGCCGGGCUGUGAGAUCUGCAGCACAAACCGACCUGAGAACUACAUCAUCCCAGGGGGAUACAGACCUGAUGCGCUGGAACUUAGGCGAAUCCAGCAGGAGAAGGAGGCUAUCAGACAGUACCAGCAGGCAAGGGAAGAGGAGCGCAGGGAGAAUUUUGCUCGACUGGUGAUGAUGGACGGCCAGGAUCUGGUGCCUAACCCAGGGCCUGUGGACUGCAGGAUCUGCUAUGUGGACCUGCAGCCUGGAGAGGGGGUCCUGCUUAGGGAAUGUCUUCACUGCUUUUGCAGAGAGUGCUUACGCUCAGUCAUCAUGUUGAGUGAGGAGCCCGAGGUGCCCUGUCCCUACAGAGAUGACACAUAUUCCUGUACCUGCUCCCUGCAGGAGAGGGAGAUCAGAGCUUUGGUGCCAGCAGAGGAGUAUGAGCGCUGGCUGCAGAGGGGUCUGUCAGUGGCUGAGUCUCGAUGCGAAGGCAGCUAUCACUGUGCCACUCCAGACUGUCGGGGCUGGUGUGUGUACGAGGACACAGUCAACGUCUUCCACUGCCCCGUCUGUGGGAAACACAACUGCCUGAUUUGCAAGUCAAUUCAUGAGGGAAUGAAUUGUAAGCAAUACCAGGAUGAUCUUGCAGCCCGCGCUAUAAAUGACUCUGCUGCAAGGAGGACAACGCAUCUACUCAAGACUCUUGUGCAGUCAGGGGAGGCAAUGCACUGCCCCCAGUGUGGCAUCAUUGUGCAGAAGAGGGAUGGAUGUGAUUGGCUGCGCUGCACUGUCUGUCACACUGAGAUCUGCUGGGUAACCAGAGGGCCUCGCUGGGGACCUAGAGGUCCUGGAGACACUAGUGGAGGCUGUCGCUGCAAUGUCAACAAUCAGAAAUGUCAUCCUAAGUGUCAAAACUGCCACUGAGAAUCUCUUGUGGUCAGAUUGAAGAAAGGAAUGAGAGACUGAACUUGAAAUAAACUAUUCUCUAAAACAGGGAAAAGAGCAUUGAGGCAUAUAAGAAGAUAUAUUUAAGCCAAAACUGACUGUGCGGGAUUGUUACAUGCAAAACAUCCCACUGGUUAUAACUGGAGACAUUCUGAGCGAAUUUCUAACCAUCACUUACUGCCAAAAUAAUCUGUGCCCUUGGCUUUUCAGUGUAAUCAGAAUGGCAGGAAUAUGUUGACAUUUAGCUCAACAAGGAAAUGCAAGCUGUGUGAGUUUAACAGUACAGUGUUAAGCAUAAUUUCAUUGAUCACAUUUAACUGUAAUGAUAAUAAGUAUGGUUAGAAGUACGCAGGAAAAGAGUAUUUACUUUUUUGUGUGUGGUGCCUUUUUAAAAUGACUGCACUGCAGAUUUAGCAAUACAGGGGUGUUUUCUGUUUUGGUAGUUACAUACCAGGAUGCAUUAAACUGAAGUGACCUUAUUCUUGUGCACAAAAGCUGUAGCAGGGUGUUUAUGAUGACAUUUUCUGGGAAAAGUCAUGAAAUCCUUGUUGUGUCCUUGAUAUGCAAUUUUCUGCAUUGAGAUAGAUUUAAACAAGUGUAAGUUAUAUAUAGUGUAUUUUUUUGUGUCCGUGUGAUAAUGCAAUUGCAUGUGUUCCUCGUCACCAUACACGUUUGAAAUGAGAAUGUGUCUGAUUGUUGGACCGAUUCUGAUUCGCUGUUUAUGCACCUGACCUAGAGUGGAACAAGACUGUGUUCUGUUUGGCACUCACAGGCUUUCCGUAUUUGACAAGAAGUGCAAGGAUGCAGCAUUCAGAGGCAGUAUCUCUCCUGCUGACAAGCUGAGUAUUGUAUGGUAACAUUCCCGUUUAGGUACUCAAAUAUAAUAGGAUGUAUAUGGUGAUAUUAGCUCGCAUACUUAACUGCUUUUUUUAAUGGUUUGUGAAAACUUUGUAUCCUUAUUGAUAUUUGGAAUAUUUUCUAAUUCAUGUGUGCAUGAAUUUGUUAUUCUAAGACGACAACAGAUUUUCACAUCAUCACCUUAACUAGGAUAAGAGCAAGUAUCUUCACCAGCUGCACCAUGUUCACCAGAAAAAAGAUUUAAAAAAAGAAUAAUGAAAAAAAAAGAAUACCACAGUAUGCCCUCAACUACACUACUGCCCUGCACUGAGAAGCCAUGAAUAAUUCUUCACUGUUACUUGUGUUCAAAUGACAGCAGUGUUGCUGAUGUUCUGCUGUGCCUUAAUGAUCAAUAAAUAACCUUUA